UCCUCCUCUCAUCUUCUGGCUGUCCACUCCCUGCUUCCGCGAAUGGAUGCUCGCGGUUCUGUACCUGCUUCACUGUGAAAAGAAAAGGCUGGGAAUCUUCACCUUUAUUUUUUCUCUCUCUCUACGUCCACAGAGCUGAAAAGCCAGAAGCCAGCGCGGAAGAAGAAUGAGCCAUAAACCUUUCUCUUUUUUAUUUAUUGAAGACUGAGCCCUAAACCUGUCUCUUCUUUAUUUAUUGCUGCCUUUCUGUCAUCGGGCAGCUGGGUCAGGUUCUCUCUCCUUGCUCUCCCAGUCCCUGGUUCUGACAGUGAGAAUGCCUGUGGAUUUUCCUGGUGUGUAACGCUCUUAAGCUUGGAUAGGGGGGGGGGGGGGGGGGGACGGGGACGUGAACCAUGUCUUCAUCAGGGGUCCUUUGGUGCCUCCACUGAGGCGAUCUCACGCAUCUCCCUCUCUCCCACUCCCUCUGCCUGCGCGCUGAGUGCUGCUGUGAGCAGCGAGCGACGUGCUGAUCAACCAUGGAAUUCACCUCCUCGUCCGUGUUUGACCAGCAGAAAGAUUCCACUGAUGAAAUUGACCUCAGUGUAGUGUUCCAAGCAGCCGCCAGUGGAGACGUCAACACCCUCACAGCAACAAUACGAGAAGAUCCUUCAAUCCUGGAGUGUUGCGAUGGAGAAGGCUCGACCCCACUGAUGCACGCGGUGUCAGGACGGCAGGUGGACACGGUGAAGCUGCUUCUGAAGAUGGGAGCCUCCAUUAACACUCAGGACGCCUGUGGCAGGACCUCCCUGUCCUUGGCUACAUAUCUGGGCUGGCUUGAAGGCUGUGUUUGCCUUCUUCGUAACGGAGCCAAACAGAACAUUCCAGAUAAAAAUGGACGUUUGCCACUUCAUGCAGCUACAGCAGAAAUCGACUUCAGACUUAUGGCUGUGCUGUUGCAGCAGUCCACACUGUGUGAAAUCAACCACCAAGACAAUGAGGGAAUGACCACUCUUCACUGGGCCUCCUUCCAUAACCGUCCGGACCACGUGCAAGCCCUGCUGCAGAAAGGGGCCGAUCCCACACUGGUGGACAAAGACUUCAAGACAGCCCUCCACUGGGCAGUGCAGAGCGGCAGCAGAUGUAUGUGUUCUCUAAUCCUUGACCACCAUCUUGGUCCGUCUGUGAUCAACUACGACGAUGAGAACGGAAAGACCUGUGUGCACAUCGCCGCGGCGGCUGGUUUCAGCGACAUCAUCUAUGAGCUGGCACGCGUGCCUGAGACCAACCUACAGGCUCUGGACGUGGAUGAACGCACUCCUCUGCACUGGGCCUCUGCGGCGGGCAAAGAGGAGUGUGUGCAGGCCCUGCUGCAGCUGGGCGUGGACCCCGAGCCCCGAGACAUCAACGAGAACACCCCGCUCACCUACGCCAUGUACUGUGGCCACACGCCAUGCAUCAAGCUCCUCUCUUCAGACAACAGGUUAGAGUCGACUCGACAGCUCCGUUCCCAGAACAAUGACCUGGCCAACAAAAAGGAGGGCAAAUUUCGCAUGCUCAACAACAUCUUCUCCUGCAAGAAGAAGAAGGAGCUUCACACAGCACUACAGAAAGUACCAAACCACGAUGGAAACCAGUCAGAGGAGACGUCCGAGGUGGACGACAUCAUCACUAUGUUUGACUGCCUGUCGGACGCAUCCGGGAAGGACUCGCGAGAAGACGGACUGGCCUUGAGGAAGAAGUCCUGCGAGCCACAGAAGCUGAACAUCCUGGAGGACCACGCCUCAAAGGAACUCAAGGGGCUUCCGCCCAUCCGCACACAGAGUCUUCCACCUAUCACCCUGGGAAACUCACUGUUGGCCAACCAGUUUAUGGGCCAAAGGCAGAUGAUCAGCCGCCUCGCCCACCGGUCUCAGAAGAGCAAGAGUGAGCAUGACCUGUUUGACAGCAUAGCCAAGAGCCAGAAGCUGGUGGGUCAGACCUGGAAGACAGAGUCCAACCAAGUACUGUCCCACAAGGCUUGGAUAUCAUCACCCUCUGAGAGACUGCUUGAUCGACCUCACCACGAGACAUCAGGCCCCUUAGAUGUGCUCUGUCCCAAACAUACCCCAUACAUUCCAAAAAAUGACAAAGCCGUCUCUCCCCUCUCCCCUGAUGUUGUUCACAGCUCCAAACACACACCUGCUACCUCUAAACGGCCUGAGGAUGAGGGAGUCUGGCCUCGCACGCAACAGCUUGGCACCUAUUCGUGACCACUGUACUCACCGAUUUUCCCUUCCACCUGACCAGGUCUCUCAGGGAGUGAAAAAGUC